AUGCCGUCCAACGGAGACCACAGCCCCGAGCGGGAGUCGACCCCGAAAAGUGCCAAGAAGCAAAAUGAAAAGAUCGUCGACGAAGAGGCCAAGAGCGAGCGUGCCGCCCGAAAGCGGCUCAGAACCGGCUGGCGAUCUGGCGCUUCCGAGAGCGAGAAACAGAGAGCUAUACGACUGGCACUCAACACCCAGCUGCCCGGUGGCCGCAAAUAUAGCUGGCUUAAUCAGAAGCCAGAAAGCGUCGCAGAGACACUAGGACCCGAGAAAGCCCGAGAGCUGGGCAUCACGACGGGGAAGAUUGCCCAAGAACUCGGCAUCGGAGAGUUUCAAGAGGCGCCCACCAAACUCACCAUCGACUUCGAGGGCGUGCGGGGAGCCGGCUUCAACAUGAACAAAGCUGAACUCGAAGCGAUGAUCCGCGAUGCUGGUGCCUCGGAUGAGCAGGUUGAGGCGGUCAAGAAAUCAAACGAACCCGUGCUGCCGACACCCCGGAGACCGCGAACCGAGAAACCUUCUUCACCCCCUCCGUCCGCGGCACCGCGUCGUCGAGCCCCAAAGACUAAGAGAAGUGGCGAAGAGACUACUCCGGUAUCUGCGAAGAAGAAGCAGAAAACUCAGGAGAAGCAAUCGACCAAGCCCACAGAGAGGCCCACUGGGGAUAAGGUCAUCGAGAUCGUUGACUUGUCUGAUGAACAGCCUUUCCCUGCAUCCUCUGCUGUGUCUGAGUCUUCUACCCUCGCGAAUCCGGCACAUCCAGCCGGCAAAGCCGCGCGGAAUUACCAAAGCUCGAACGUCGUCGAGAGGCUCUCCUGUUGGAAAUACCAGUCCUUCUACCACGACCACUGGGUCUGA